AUGCAGUCCACGGAAACAAACACCGAAAAACCCGACUGUUGCAAGCUACGUAGACUGAAGACAAGGGUCUCGGUUCUUGAAAGUGAUGUGAUGAAAAACUCGAUAGAUAUCGUUGGAAUAAACCACAUGCUGAUGUUAAUGUUGGCGAGCUCGGGGGCUGCCGCUGAAAAUGAUGUGUCGCCAGGAGAAAACCUUUUCGAGCUGGACACUCUGAACGCGCAAUGCCACAAACCUACCUCGCCGACGACGUCCGCAUCCUUUACACCCGUCGCAGGCCCGCCUCCUGCGGUAACCUCGGAAAAUUUUUGGCCGCCACCUCCACCUCCUGAAGUAACCUCGGAAAACUUUUGGCCGCCACCUCCACCUCCUGAAGUAACCUCGGAAAACUUUUGGCCACCUCCUCCGUCUCAUGCUGUAACCGCAGAACAUUUUUGGCUGCCUCCUCCGCCUCCUGCUGUAACUUCGGAAAACUUUUGGCCACCUCCUCCGUCUUUUGCUGUAACCUCAGAACAUUUUUGGCCGCCACCUCCACCUCCUGAAGUAACCUCGGAAAACUUUUGGCCGCCACCUCCACCUCCUGAAGUAACCUCGGAAAACUUUUGGCCACCUCCUCCGUCUCAUGCUGUAACCGCAGAACAUUUUUGGCUGCCUCCUCCGCCUCCUGCUGUAACUUCGGAAAACUUUUGGCCACCUCCUCCGUCUUUUGCUGUAACCUCAGAACAUUUUUGGCCACCUCCUCCGUUUCAUGCUGUAACCUCAGAACAUUUUUGGCCGCCACCUCCACCUCCUGAAGUAACCUCGGAAAACUUUUGGCCGCCACCUCCACCUCCUGAAGUAACCUCGGAAAACUUUUGGCCACCUCCUCCGUCUCAUGCUGUAACCUCGAAAAACUUUUGGCCGCCACCUCCACCUCCUGAAGUAACUUCGGAAAACUUUUGGCCACCUCCUCCGUCUUUUGCUGUAACCUCAGAACAUUUUUGGCUGCCUCCUCCGCCUCCUGCAGUAACUUCGGUAAACUUUUGGCCACCUCCUCCGUUUCAUGCUGUAACCUCAGAACAUUUUUGGCUGCCUCCUCCGCCUCCUGCUGUAACCUCGGAAAAUUUUUGGCUGCCUCCUCCGCCGCCACCGAUGACGACCGGCACGGCAGCGUUCCGCCGUUACCCUGCUGUGCAGAAGAUAUUAAUAAGAUAA